AUGGGGUGUACAGUUAAGCUGGAGAUUGCCCAGGUUGGGGCCAAGUACCAGGAAGCUCAAGGCCCGGGCCUCCUGGUCGUCCUUUUUGCCCUGGCGCGUGCAAACCCGCCUGCCAACGUGACCUGGAUCGACCAGGAUGGGCCGGUGACUGUCAAUGCCUCUGACCUCCUGGUGCUGGCUGCCCAGAACUACCCGUGGCUCACCAAACACACCGUGCAGCUGCAGCUCCGCAGCCUGACACACAAUCUCUCCUUGGUGGCCACCGACGAUGUGGGUGUCACCAGCGCCUCGCUUCCGGCCGCAGGCCCCUCCCGGCGCCCAUCCCUGAUCCCUAGUGACUCCAACAACCUGAAAUUCAACAACGUGCGCCUGCCGCGGGAGAACAUGUCCCUCCCGUCCCACCUGCAGCUCAGUGACCUCACUCCAGACUCCAGAGGGAAACCAGCAGACCAGCAGAUGGCUCAGGACAACAGCCAGCCAGGGUUUCUGGAUCCGGAGCCCGGCGGCCUCCUCAGCAGCCGAGGUUUCAUCCGUCUCCCAAUGCUGGGCUACAUUUAUCGGGUGUCCAGUGUGAGCAGUGAUGAGAUCUGGCUCUGAGCUGAGGCCAAGACAGAGGGUUCCUUCUUGGCCCAUGGGCACCCUCCCGGUCCUCCUCCAAGGCCUGGCCACAUUGCCAACGGGAAGAGCCCACGCCACUGCCACUUUUGCUUGUCCUCUGGGUCACUGGUAUCCUUGGCAAGGCUGCCAGCUGGACCUAAGCCCUUGUUCCAACUCUGGUUGAGGGCCUGCAUGAUUGCCUGUGCCCAGGCGGAUGGGGCUCUCUGUCCAGGUGUGCCUGGAGGUCAUCCAGCAUCUAAGCGUGGCAUGGCCUGUCGGCUUGGGGCAGCUC